CAUUUCUGAGCAAAGUAUUGUUGGCUUUUUGGGCAUUUACAUUAUAUACAAUGGCAACCAAAGUGAAGGGGAUUUACAAAUAUAUCUCAAAUAUUUUUGUUGUUAAGGAGAGGGACUUGGAGAUUGGAGGUCCAACUGAUGUUAAACAUGUGGCACAUAUUGGUUGGGAAGGUCCCUCUGGUGGUGCACCUACUUGGAUGAAAUCAUUCAAGGCAGGACCUGAAUUUUCAGUAACUUCUAGUGGUAACUCUGGUUCUGCUAUUACUCCAUGGUCAUCUCAAGGUUGUGGUGAGACGACGAGGCAACUAACAACAGCUAACAUGAAAACUUCAGAUGUUACUAAUAGUCCUCCUAAGAAACAUAAACGGAGGAAGCCUAAAUCGACUUCCUCUCCAAAAUCUAGUUCACCAUCCACGUUGAGAUCAUCGCGAGCAACUAAACACAAGGCAAAAUCUGUUGAAAGCAAUCACACACCAACAGCCCUAGAAGUGGUUUAA